AUGGCUCAGGGCUGGCAAGACUGCCCAGCCCUGGGCCCUGGCUGGAAGCGUCAUGUGUCCUUUCGAAAGUCAGGGGCUUCUUGUGGACUCUCAGACAUCUGUUAUCGGAGUCCCACAGGAGUCAAGAUUCGAAGCAAGGUAGAGCUGACUCGAUACCUAGACCCUGCCUGUGAUCUCACCCUCUUUGACUUCAGACAAGGCGUCUUGUGCUACCCGGCUCCCAAGACCCAUCCCUUGCCUGUCCCCAGCACGAAGAAAAAGAAGCCUUCUAAACCAGCCAAGGUUAAGAAGCGUCAGGGUGUGCAGAAGAGGAAGGCGACCCUGCGGGCUGAGAGUAAGGCUGGCACUGGCACAGCUCCAACUUCAUUUCCAGUACCUGGCCGCUGUGAGAACUGUGGAAUCCACUACCCAUGGAAGAGGCUCAAGAUACUAUGCGUAUGCGAAGACUGCCGGAGAAUUGCCUUCAACCGAGAACAGAGAAUGUAUAAGAGAGUUGGCUCUGGAGAGUGUACAGCUUGCCUGCUGAAAGAAGACUGUAGGGCUUGCUCCGUCUCCCGCCUGCAGCUGCCCCAUGAUGUGGCCUCAGGCCUCUGCUGCAAGAGUGAGCGGAGACUUUGCCUCAGGAUUGUGGAGAAGAGCCCAGGGUGUGGAGUAUGUCGGGGUUGUCAGAACCAAGAGGACUGUGGCCUUUGCCCAUUUUGCGUUUGCCCUCCCCGCCCUGGUCUGAAGCGCCAGUGGAGGUGUCUGCAGCGCCGCUGCUUGUGGGGUAAACGUGAUCAUCAUAAGAGUAGCUCGAAGGUGGCUGCCCAGCGUCACUCCCAGGCUCAGCCAUUGCCUCCACAUCCUGCACCGCGGCACCCAGAGCCCACAGAAAUGCACAUCAGCGGCCUAGCGCCCACAUCACCUAUUAAAAAUAUUCAUUAA